AUGGCAGCUCCCAAAGCCAUCGCCCAGGACAGUAUCUUCCGUACAACAUGGCUGCGUACGGAACGUGAAACGCACACCCUCUCGCCCAACUACCGGAAGUUUCCAUUUGAAACGGAGGCGGCCGACGCGGUCGGCUGUGCGGCAGUUGCUUCCGCGCGUCUUUUGAACGAGAUCCAGGAGGACUGCAGGCGGGAGCAGCGAGCUCCUGGGGUCCAUCCGUGCCGCCUUGUUACGAUGACCAGCGUAGUUAAGACAGUGUACACUCUGCAGCCCCCCUCUAUGAUGAGCGGCGGCCUGCCCGCAGACAAACAAUCUCGAGCUGCUUCUAAAAGUCUGUUACCUGUUAAGUCCAAAGAAGUGGAUGUUACCAGACUCUUUCAUUCAGGCGGUUCAGAGAACGAUGGUACAAAAAUCGCCAAACCAAGACGAGAGAAUGGGCAGAUGAAAGCUGCAGACCUUGCCCUUAGGAAGAACGUCAGAAAGAGCUACAAACCGUUGAGUAAGCAGAAAUCAGAGCAGGAGCUCAAGGAUAAGAACCAGCUCUUGGAGGCAGUCAACAAGCAGUUGCACCUGAAGUUGACUGAAACUCAGGGAGAGCUGAAGGGCCUGACUCUGAAGGUGGAGCUGCUGGAGAAGUUUCAGGACAAUUGUUUGGCAAUUUUGGAGAGUAAAGGCAUCCACCCAGUUCUAGGAAGCGAGACCCUGGCAGCUCAACAGGAAUCCACUACGGAUCACACGGACUCUAUGCUGCUGUUGGAGACUUUGCAAGAUGAGCUGAAGCUCUUUAAUGACACUGCCAGAAAGCAGAUGGAAGAGUUACAGGCCUUAAAGGUAAAGUUGAAGACGAAAGAAGAAGAAAGGAUCCGGUUCCUAGAACAGCAAAACAUAUGUAACAAUCAAGUAAAUGAUUUCACAACUGCCCUUAAAGAAAUGGAGCAGCUAUUAGAAAUGUGAUAAAAAAGGAAGUGGCCAGAUGGCUCCCUGUUGGGGACAAACUCUCCGAGGAAGCCACUUAGGAUAUGUGCUUCUUGGCCAUGAUCUAGGACUCCCCAUCCCCUGCGUGAAAACAGCUUCUGCAGUAGGAUUAAGGACAGGCUUAUGCUGGAGUGGCGGUUCCACCUUUAAGCAAAUGUUCCCAGCAUUCAGAUUGAUCAGCUCUCCUGAGCCUCAUACGGAGACCCUUGAGGCCUACAGAAGGGGGACCUGGAGGCCUGGAUCAACCUCUGAGGCAGCAAAACAGCACACCAUUAGAACUGGGAGACUAAACAGCCACAGCCAGAGGACCUAAAAGAUCACAUUCUCAUUUUCGGGAAGAGAACCUCACGCAUACAGUGGAGCACAGGUGUUCCACAGGAGACAUCAUUGAGGAGCCAUGCUGUCUCCUUCUAACCUAGAACACGUUCUGUCCCAUCCCGGUUGGGCUUCUGUACCUCACUGUCAAUCUAUGAACUUGAAGUUGCUUGAAAUGGUUGGCUUAAUAAAUGGGGUGAAGGUACAGUAAUGACACCUGAAGCAGUAUACCUUGGAGCUUUAGAUCUAAGUCACUUCUGUUUUUUUUAAGGGUACUACUUUUAAAAUAAAUAUUUCUAUAAA